AGUUUGAAAAGUACAAAUUCAUAUUGGCAUUGGAUAAUACGUUAUGAUACUCAAUGUGCUCUAUGUGGCCCCCAGGCCGCUCCUUGGAGACCCCUGCUUUCAGGCUUCAAGGGAGAGGUUGACUGGAGGUUUCUGCGGGGAGGAGAAGGCAGUCAGACAGGCGACAAGCAAUGCCGUGUUGGCCGCGGGGCAGAGGCUGCUCGUGGGAGGGUGAGCCAAUGAGAAGGAGACUUCCACUCCUUUUCUCCUGCCCGGCUCGGCUCACUUCGGCGCGCCCUGUAAUUAGGAGCUCCACUUGUGGGCUGGGCGCCGCCACGGUGGACCGCUUUGGGAAAGGCUAGUUCCAGACUCUUUUUCUUUUACUUUAAACACUCGGUGGGACUUCGACAUCCUUAACAUGAACGGACAGCCGUCACCUGUGUUCGAGGAGAAGAAGCCGUCCCUCCGCGCGUCCCCGAGCCUACCGGAGACCUCCCCCGCUGACAUGGGCUUCUACGGCGGCCACGGAGCGCUCCACGGCUCGCAGGAUUUUUACGCGGCGCAGCAACCCUACUCGACCCAACACAUGAGCCCGUACUCGUACACCCACUACAACCUGAACGGGAUGGUCCCGAGUGGGGGCUUCCCGUGCGGUAAAAGUGACUACACGUACCCGCACUCGGUGUACAGAGAGCCCGGGGGCUUCAACAGAGAGUCGCAGCCAACGCUACCGGACAGUGUGAAAGAAGAACCAGAAAUGGAGGUUCGGAUGGUCAACGGGAAGCCAAAGAAAGUGCGGAAGCCCCGGACUAUUUACUCCAGCUACCAGCUGGCAGUCCUGCAGAGGAGAUUCCAGUCUGCCCAGUAUCUGGCCCUGCCAGAGCGGGCAGAGCUUGCAGCACAGUUGGGUCUGACACAGACACAAGUGAAAAUAUGGUUCCAAAACCGUCGCUCCAAGUUCAAGAAACUCUACAAGAAUGGAGAGUUUCCACUGGGAGACAUUGCUCUGGAGCAUAGCCCAGAGGCUAGUGAUUCAAUGGCUUGCAACUCGCCUCCAUCCCCUGCAGCAUGGGAAAACAACAACAGCAGCAGUAACACUACCACCGCCGCCACCACCAACAACAACAGCAGCAGCAACAGCAACGAUACGAACAGCAGCAGCAGCAUCAAGAAUAAUACAAUGCUGGACCCAACCAGCAGGGGGCAGGAGUCUUAUCAGCCUCAGGGUGAUUCCUCUGCAGUCUACAUGGAUGAGUACGCCCACCAGAAUUGGUACCAGCAGCAAGACACGCAUUUAGGUUUGCCAGCAGCUGGCCCCGCCCACCACACACCACCAUCAGCACCAGCAUCCACACCGAGUAUGGGCGCUGUUUACUGACUCCUGUAGGAACACUUUAAAUGGACCCAUUCAACUUAAACGGGAAUGUUUUGGAUUAUCCAGACAUACCUGGAGUCAUAAAUCUAAUGCAACGUAAUAAUGUACAAUCUUCACAUGACCGUAGUACCAAAAUAUAAUUCAUUCACAUGAUGCCUUAUGCCAGUGUUGCCCAACCAGGGCAACAUAUCUUACAUUAUUAUUCUAUUAUAAUGAAUGUAUGAAUGGCAAUCCAAAGGUGUAUUUAUGUACUUUCUGCCAUCUAGUGGAGGAGCAUGUUUGCUGGCAUUGCUAGAGAAAAAAGAUUAUUUGUGGUAAAUUAAUAAUAAUUUGGGGCCAAUUACGUAAAAUUGGAUCAUGUACCACGGCACAUUGGUCGGGAAUCAUAAAUGUAUACAUUUGUAUAUUCUUGUAAAGCAGUAUGGGACAGCAGGUCAUUUUUUGGGAAGAUUUCACUGUGGUUUUUGACAACCAAAUGACAGUCCAGCAUGUGUAAAUAAUAAGAAUAUCUUGUUAAUAACCAACUUUUUCUAGAAUUAUUAUUUUGAUUCAGUUGCUCCCCACAGCCUGUCAAACAAUUCUGGCUUGGAGCUGAUGUCAGUUUAUAACACAGAGGUGUCCAAAAUCUGGUCUCGGGGCCCUUGGAAUAUUCUUAAAAAAAAAUGAAUUCAUUGUUAAAGAGAUACCCCUCCUUUUAAUCUGUAAGGAGCUUUUCAACCCAAAUACCUACCUCACUCACGGUGCAACCAAAAAUAACACAACAAAUAUGUGACAGGGCCACCAGCGAAUGGCAAAAAUCCACGCGUAAUACCGACAUCCAUGAAUGGUGCUUUUUGUGACACACGGCUUGCUCUUUCCCCUCCGUACCAUACAGCUACCCUGAUUUUCCGCUCUGAUUUUUGGAUCAACAUUUGCAAUUAAAGUGCCUGAUGAGAUUCACCUCCAUAGCCCUCCCCCGUCUUGCUUCAGUAUGCCUCACACACUUAUUUAACACACCUAAUGUAUGAAAUGUAUAGGUACUCACCACUAAUGAAUGAUAAUUAAUCUGAUUAAUGAACAGAUGGAAUCACAGAAAUUAAGUGAAUUUCUGCAAAGUAGGAUUCCUUACUGACAAAUGGGACAUUUGUGUGGUUAGAUAAUAGAAAACCUGCUAAGACCUUCUAA